UAAUGAUGGCCCAGCCCACGAGUCCAUGUUGAGGUACGAAUUCUUGUUCUUCCUCAUCUAUAUUCCCAUUGAAAGAAAAUGGACAUUAGCUUGCUUCCUUCUGCUUGAACAGAGGUAAGGCGUUACAAGUUUUGCCCUUUAAAGCUCUUAUUUUCUUGUAAGUGAAUUCAUUUCGAACCUUGUUGUAUUCUUGAAUGAUCUUUGCUUAUUCACUGAAAUGACCUCAACAAUAUUAAGAAGAAACCAAUCCUUAAAAACAAUACUCACAAACCCCAAAGAUUCAUUUUUUAAGCCAAUCCUUAAACCCUACAAAAACCCUCAAACCCCAUGUACUUAUUUCUCUUGGACAAACCCAAAAGACUCAUUUUUUAAAACAAUCCUUAAACCCUACAAAAAUCCUCAAACCCCAUAUACAUACUUCCCUGGAGUACUUAACCAAAUAGCCUUUUCAACGAAUUCAUCGAAAUUCCCAGAAUAUGAAAUGCCAACAGUAACAUGGGGUGUAAUCCAAGGACGUAAGGAAAAAUUAGUGUCACGUGUUAUAAUCUGUGAUUACUUGAAAAGUAUAGGAAUAAUCCCUGAUGAAUUAGAGGAGUUAGAAUUACCUUCCACUGUUGAAGUUAUGCGCGAACGCGUUGAGUUUUUGCAGAAAAUUGGUCUGACAGUUGAUGAUAUUAAUGAAUAUCCGUUGAUUCUUGGUUGUAGUGUGAGGAAAAAUAUAAUUCCUGUUUUGACAUACUUGGAGAAAAUUGGUCUUCAAAGGUCUAAGCUUGGUGAGUUUGUUAAGAAUUACCCUCAAUGUUUACAUGCUAGUGUUGUCGUAGAGCUUGUUCCGGUUAUUAAAUUUUUACGAGGUCUUGAUGUUGAGAAACAAGAUAUUGGGUAUGUUUUGAUGAAAUAUCCUGAGCUGUUAGGGUUUAAACUCGAGGGGACGAUGAGUACUUCAGUUGCUUAUUUGGUUAGUAUAGGGGUUAAUCCGAGGGAUAUAGGGCCGAUGGUAACGCAAUAUCCGUAUUUUCUUGGAAUGAGAGUUGGGACGAUGAUUAAACCACUUGUGGAUUAUUUGGUUUCGUUGGGUUUGCCGAAGAAAAUAUUGGCGAGGAUGUUGGAGAAACGAGCUUAUUUACUUGGUUAUGAUGUUGAAGAGACGGUGAAACCAAAUGUAAAUUGCUUACUCAGUUUUGGACUUAGGAAGGAAACUUUGCCUUCUGUUAUUGCACAAUUUCCACAAAUUCUUGGUUUGCCUUUGAAAGCUAAGCUAUCGUCGCAACAGUAUUUCUUUAACUUAAAGCUCAAGAUUGAUCCUGAUGGUUUUGCUCGAGUUAUCGAGAAGAUGCCACAAAUUGUCAGCCUACACCAGCACGUGAUAAUGAAACCGGUAGAGUUCCUUCUUGCACGGGGAUUUUCAACGGCUGAUGUGGCAAAGAUGAUUGUAAAAUGUCCUCAGUUAGUUGCUUUACAAGUUGGCCUCAUGAAAAAUAGUUUUUACUUCUUCAAGAAUGAUAUGGGCAGACCAAUGGAAGAACUUUUGGACUUUCCGGACUACUUCACAUAUAGCUUGGAAUCGAGAAUCAAGCCCAGGUACCAACGGUUGCAAAGCAAGGGAAUCAGAUGUUCUUUGGCUUGGUUUCUCAAUUGUAGUGACCAACGAUUUGAAGAGAGAUUGUAUGGUGAUUAUAUAGAGCCUGAAAGUUCUGGUCCGUCAUUUUAUAUGGGUGGGAAGUUAGAGCUACCCGGCAAUGAGAUUGUAUCAGAAGAGGAAGAUGACAGUGAUGAUGAAACACUAUAUAGACGCACUGUCUCCUUAUAGUGUACUUUGUAACAUUCGUGAAUUGGGUAUAAAUGCCAAUAUCUUUCAAUAUUAGUUGAAUAUUCUUUUGCUGCUUUCUGGCUUGUCUAAUGCCCAUGUUGCACCUUUUCUUCCAUCAUGAUCAACUUGGGUUUUGUAAUACUAUGUAAAACUAGAUUUGCUACUUUCUCUUUUUCUGUAGUUUGACAGCAUUUAUAACA